UGGUGAAACUCCGUCUCUACUAAAAAUACAAAAAUUAGCCAGGCUUGGUGGCAUGUGCCUGUAGUCCUAGCUACUAGGGAGGCUGAGGCAGGAUAAUAGUUUGAACCCAGGAAGGCGGAGGUUGCAGUGAGCAGAGAUCACACCACUGCACUAUAUCCUGGGCAACAGAGCGAGACUCGUCUCAAAAAAGAAAAAAAGAAGUGGUUGUUCCUUGAACAGGCCCAGUAAGGCAGGAGGAGCUGCUGGUCUCCUCCCAGCUCCCUAAAGAUUUUUCUGCUGUCCCUAGUGUUCAUAACUGCCACCCUCCUUCUGUAAUUGGUACUUGACUUCAGGGGUAUCUAUUACAGAGUUUUAGCAGAAAUAAAGAAAUGAACUAAGACCAAACUCACAAGAGAUAAUCAAACACAGCAAUUAAAAUUACCAGCCAUUUUUUUUUUUUCAAAGGAUAGUGGUCCAUGUUUCCUUUUUGGCUGUUGUAUUCUGUGGUUCUGGUUGCUAAGGAAGUAUUAAUAAAUAUGAAUUGAAUAUGUUGCCUGCUUGGAAGCAUAAAAGAGAGUAAAUAGUUCUGGGGACUGAGCUGCUUCUCUGUGAGUUUAGUUUGCCCCACACCAGACAUGUAUGUACGCAGCACUGCCCAACUUUUACAUAAGAUCUCAGGUUGAUGGUCUACAUAGUACUGAACAAUAGGAGAACCCUGAAAUAUCUGUCAGGCUGGGCGCGGUGGCUCACGCCUGUAACCCCAGCACUUUAGGAGGCCGAGGCGGGCAGAUCACUUGAGCUGAGUUUGAAACCAACCUGGGCAACACGACGAAACCCUGUCUCUAUAAAAAUAUGCAAAAAUUGGCCGAGCACGGUGGCUCACGCCUGUAAUCCCAGCACUUUGGGAGGCUGAGGCGGGCGGAUCACAAGGUCAGGAGAUCGAGACCAUCCUAGCCAACAUGGUGAAACCCUGUCUCUACUAAAAAUACAAAAAAUUAACUGGGCGUGGUGGCACAGGCCUGUAGUACCAGCUACUAGGGAGGCUGGGGCAGGAGAAUCGCUUGAACCCGGGAGGCGGAGGUUGCAGUGAGCCGAGAUUGCGCCACUGCACUCCAGCCUGGCGACAGAGUGGGAAUCCGUCUCAAAAAAAAAAAAAAAAAAAUUAGCUGGGCGUGGUGGUGCGAGCCUGUAGUCCCAGCUCCUCGGGAGGCUGAGGUGGGAGGCUCACUGGAGCCCAGGAGGUUGAGGCUGCAGUGAGCCGAGAUCGCACUACUGCACUCCAGCCUGGGCGACAGAGCUAGACCCUGUCUCAAAUAAAUAAAUAAUAAAAAUCUAAGACUACGAUAACCCUACAGUUGGCCCGCGGGGCAUUCAACCUUCCAUGGAUUGAAAAUAUUCGGGAAAAAUAAAGACAAUAAAACAUAAUACAAAUAAAUACAGUAUAACAACUAGUUCCAUAGCACUUGCAUUGUAUUAGGUAUUAUACUUAAUCUAGGGGAUGGUUUAAAUAUCUGGGAAGGUGUAUGCAGGUUAUAUGCAAACACUAUACCAUUUUACAUAAGGGACUUGACCGUCUGCGGAUUCUGGUGUCUACGGGGUCCUGGAACUAAUCCCCAUUUCAUGAGAGGGGAUGACUGUACACACGUCAGUGUGUAUUAGGCCAUCAAAACGCCUCCGGGAAAUUCUCGGGUUAUUUUGAAAACCCCUUCCCUCCCCAAGACCUUUAACCUAGAGGGCUGUUGGGGCGGUCUCCUAGGAGACCACACAGAAACGACUGCGCAUGCGUGCUCCCCCCCCCCCACCCCCCGGCUGAUGCAACCUCACGCUGCCUUGCGGCUCUACCUCGAGUAAGGAAGCCGACAGGGAAAUCUGGCAAAACCAAUCGGCGGCCACACGGAAGUGGGCGGAAAGGCCCGCCCCCCGGGGAUUUUGCGAGUGACGUUGGGCGGCGCGGCGCUAGCGGCGUAGACGCCCAACAGUCCUGCGUCUCUUCCGGCGUCUAGGGGGGUGUCCUGCCGGCGCGCGGGCCCUGCGGCCAUUUUGGGCUUCGCUUCCACCGCACCAGCCGGCCUACUCAGUCCUUCCGGUAUCGCGUUGCUCAGGGGCUUUUCAACCCUCUGUCAGUCGGAAAACCAUCGCCGAGGCCGUGGGGGGACUCCUAUCCAUGGUGUUGAAGCGUCGAGCCGACUAGGGAACCUCCUUCCCCGCCAGGAUGGAAGUCGCAUCAGUCGCCGCCUAUUGCGCGGGCUGUUCUUCCCUGUGUUCUGCCGCCCGCUGCCGCAUUCGCUGCCCUCUGUGGCUUUUCUGCUGGCUCGAAGAUCGGCCUGGAGCAGCGACGCCACCGCUGGGCAAGGCCGAGACUCUGUAGGCUUCCUCCGAAUCCCGUCGACCUCCAGCCGCUGAGCGCCGCGGCCCUAUCUGAGAGACUGUCAAGAAAAAGGAGAUGGAGCCGGGGACAGGCGGAUCGCGGAAACGGCUUGGCCCUCGGGCGGGCUUCCGGUUCUGGCCACCCUUUUUCCCUCGGCGAUCGCAAGCAGGCUCUUCUAAGUUCCCGACGCCUCUUGGCCCGGAAAACUCCGGGAACCCCACACUGCUUUCCUCUGCCCAGCCCGAGACUCGGGUCAGUUACUGGACGAAACUGCUCUCCCAGCUCCUUGCGCCGCUCCCCGGAUUGCUUCAGAAGGUGCUAAUUUGGAGCCAACUUUUCGGUGGAAUGUUUCCGACCAGAUGGCUAGAUUUUGCUGGAAUCUACAGCGCCCUGAGAGCCCUGAAGGGACGGGAGAAACCAGCCGCCCCCACAGCGCAGAAAUCUUUGAGUUCCCUGCAGCUCGACUCCUCAGACCCCUCGGCCACCAGUCCCCUUGAUUGGCUAGAGGAGGGGAUCCACUGGCAAUACUCGCCCCCAGACCUAAAAUUGGAGCUUAAGGCCAAGGGAAGUGCUUUGGACCCUGCAGCACAGGCUUUUCUCUUAGAGCAGCAGCUGUGGGGAGUGGAGCUGUUGCCCAGUAGCCUUCAAUCCCGUCUGUACUCUAACCGGGAACUUGGCUCUUCGCCCUCUGGGCCUCUAAACAUUCAACGCAUAGACAAUUUCAGUGUGGUAUCCUAUUUGCUGAACCCUUCCUACCUGGACUGCUUUCCUAGGCUAGAAGUCAGCUAUCAGAACAGUGAUGGAAAUAGCGAGGUAGUCGGCUUCCAGACACUAACCCCAGAGAGCAGCUGCCUGAGAGAGGACCAUUGUCAUCCCCAGCCGCUGAGUGCAGAACUCACUCCGGCCUCGUGGCAGGGAUGUCCACCUCUUUCUACGGAAGGCCUACCAGAAAUUCACCAUCUUCGCAUGAAACGGCUGGAAUUCCUUCAACAGGCUAGCAAGGGGCAAGAGUUACCCACCCCUGACCAGGAUAAUGGCUACCACAGCCUGGAGGAGGAACACAGCCUUCUCCGGAUGGAUCCGAAACACUGCAGAGAUAACCCAACACAGUUUGUUCCUGCUGCUGGAGGCAUUCCUGGAAACACCCAGGAAUCCACUGAAGAAAAAAUAGAAUUAUUAACUACAGAGGUUCCACUUGCUUUGGAAGAAGAGAGCCCUUCUGAGGGCUGUCCAUCUAGUGAGAUACCUAUGGAAAAGGAGCCUGGAGAGGGCCGAAUAAGUGUAGUUGAUUACUCAUACCUAGAAGAUGACCUUCCCAUUUCUGCCAGACCAGCUUGUAGUAACAAACUGAUAGAUUAUAUUUUGGGAGGUGCAUCCAGUGACCUGGAAACAAGUUCUGAUCCAGAAGGUGAGGAUUGGGAUGAGGAAGCUGAGGAUGAUGGUUUUGAUAGUGAUAGCUCACUGUCAGACUCAGACCUUGAACAAGACCCUGAAGGGCUUCACCUUUGGAACUCUUUCUGCAGUGUAGAUCCUUAUAAUCCCCAGAACUUUACAGCAACAAUUCAGACUGCUGCCAGAAUUGUUCCUGAAGAGCCUUCUGAUUCAGAGAAGGAUUUGUCUGGCAAGUCUGAUCUAGAGAAUUCCUCCCAGUCUGGAAGCCUUCCUGAGACCCCUGAGCAUAGUUCUGGGGAGGAAGAUGACUGGGAAUCUAGUGCAGAUGAAGCAGAGAGUCUCAAACUGUGGAACUCUUUCUGUAAUUCUGAUGACCCCUACAACCCUUUAAAUUUUAAGGCUCCUUUUCAAACAUCAGGGGAAAAUGGGAAAGGCUGUCGUGACUCAGAGACCCCAUCUGAGUCCAUUGUGGCCAUUUCUGAGUGUCACACCUUACUUUCUUGUAAGGUGCAGCUGUUGGGGAGCCAAGAAAGUGAAUGUCCAGACUCGGUACAGCGUGACGUUCUUUCUGGAGGAAGACACACACAUGUCAAAAGAAAAAAGAUCCCUACCAAGAAGAAGGAUGAAGAACUUAAUAGCAAAAGAAGAGCACAAUUGCCAGAGAUGCAAGAAGAAAGGACCUCACACUUUUCUUGACUUUUCUACAGAGCUCACUGCACAUUUUCCCACUAAAAUGUUGGGGUUCCACUCCCAUCACCCAGACUGGAGUGCAAUGGUGCAAUCUCGGUGCUGAACCUCUGCCUCCCAGGCUCCAGCGAUUCUCCUGCCUUAGCCUCCUAAGUAGCUGGGCUACAGGCAGAUGCCAUCACACCCAGCUAAUUUUAAUUUUUUUGUAGAGAUGGGGUUUCACCAUGUUGCCCAGGCUGGUCUCGAACUCCUGGGCUCAUGAGCUGCCUGCCUUGGCCUCCCAAAAUGCUGGGAUUAUAGGCGUGAGCCACCAAGCCUGGACUCUUUUUUUUAAUAUAUAUAAAUAGAGAUGGGGUCUGGCUAUGUUGCCCAUAUAACAACUCCUGGCCUCAAGCAGUCCUCCUGCCUUGGCCUCCCAAAGUGCUGGGAUUACAUGUGUGAGCCACUGGGCCUGGCCAAGUUAAUAGCUUUCCCAAAGUCACCUCUCUUAUCAGCUUUAUGGAAGUUUCAUCCACACAGCCUUGUCUGACCAGAAACAAGUGUGCCACAAUCAUCAGAUGAUGUAGAAUCACAGAAUUUAAAUGUCCUUAGAGAAAAGCUACAGUAAGCUUUAACUAAAUUUGUAGAAAGUAAUUACAAAUUUCAGUUUGGCUAGGGAUACCACAUCCAUUAAUUCUAGUGUCAUUAUUAAUAUAAGACACAUUGUUAAUUUAUGAAUUUAAUAUGCGAGCAAAUCAACUGAGACCCUCCUUUCCCAGAAUUAAUAGGCUGCAUUGGAGUACCAGAGUAUUCUUGCCACCACACCAGUGGUUUUAGCUCUUUUUGGCAGAAGAUUGGCUUUGGGUUUCUAGUGAUGCUCUGUUGUCUCCACCAGAUGGCGUUAUCUUCCAUCUGGGAGUGCCUGAUGGACGCCUGUUAUUUCAGAUCUGGUUGCUAUUGCUCCCCUGGAGGUCGGUCCCUCAAUGUGUAAACAAGCUGGAAAACUGCCCUGCCCUGCCCAUUCCAGGCCUGCCUGGCCCAGUGUGACUCCACCUUUUUGUGGUAAUUACCCAGAAGUAGGGGCUGUUUCUUAUGGGAGAACCAAGAUUUGUAUUUGAACACAAACAAAGGAACUGAUUUUUUUUUGAGUCUCGCUGUCGCCCAGGCCUAGGCUGGAGUACAGUGGCACGGUCAUAGCUCACUGCAGCCUCCAACUCUUGGGCUUAAACAAUCCUCCCACCUCAGCCUCCCAAGUAGCUAGGACCACAGGCGUGCACCACAUUGCCUGGCUAAUUUUAUUAUUUUUGUGUGUAGAGAUGGGGUCUCAUUAUAUUGCCUAGGCUGGUCUCAAACUCCUGGCUUCAAGAGAUCCUACCGCCUGGGCCUCCCAAAGUGUCGCGAUUACAGGCAUGAGCCACCUCACUUGGCCCUUGUAUACUUUUUUAUCACUGUUCAAGUCACAUUGAAUUUUAAUUGUGAUUUGCUCUUUCCUUUCUUCCUUUGUGGUGGAAGGGUCUGUGCAGUGACCAGAGUAUUUUAGACACACGAUACACUUUUCUUUAACUCAAGUGGUAAUUUCCAUAGCCUCUUUUUUCCAACACACAGGCUCCCUCCCGACAUAACAAGUAAUUUAUGAAUUCAUUUCAGAGAAGCAAUUUUGUAUGUGAAAAGGUCUAUCUUCAAUGUUUACAUUAUUUUGUAUUUGUAGUAUUUGAUUUUUUUUUUUUUUUGAAAAGCUAGCAUUAUUAGUGAUGACCUGAAACCCAAGGUUUUAAAUCAGUUGAUGUAAGGUCGUCAUGACCAAUCUUUCCAGUGGUAGCCUAAGGUUCGCUGAAACAUUGUCAUCGUUAUGAAAGGCACUUCAUUAUGCAGGAUACCAUUCAUAUCCAGUUUUCUAAGAUGGUUGAGGACAUUGUUUUUUAAACUUUUCUGUUUUUUAAAUUGACAAAAAUUGUAUAUAUUUACUGUCUACAACAUGAUGUUUUGAAAUAUGUGUACAUUGUGGAAUGGUAAGUCAAGCUAAUUAACAUGUAUUACCUCACGUACUUAGCAUUUUUUUGUGGUAAGAACCCUUAAAAUCUACUCUUAGCAAUUUCCUUUUUCUAUUUAUUUAUUUAUUUGAGACAAGCUGGAGUGCAGUGGUGCAAUUUCGCCUCACUGUAACCUCCGCGUCCUGGGCUCAAGCAAUUCUCAUGUCUCAGCCUCCCAAGUAGCUGGGACUACAGGCGUGUGCCACCACACCCGGCUAAUUUUUUGUAUUUUAGUAGAGACAGGUUUCACCCCAUGUUGCCCAGGGUGGUCUCGUACUCCUGAGCUCAGGUGAUCUGCCUGCCUUGGCCUCCCAAAGUGCUGGGAUUACAGGCGUGAGCCAUCACGCCUGGGCUUUUUAUUUAUUUAUUUUAUUUUAUUUUAUUAUUUAUUUAUGUAUUUAUUUAUUUUCAGACAGAACCUUGCUCUGUUGCCAAGCUGGAGUGCAGUGGCAUGAUCAUGGCUUUCUUCAGCCUCAAACUCCUGGGCUCAGGCAAUCCUCUUGCCUCAGUUUCCCGAGUAGCUGAGACCACAGGCUCACACCACCACAACAGGCUAAUUUUUAAGUUAUCUGUAGGGGCGAGAUCUCCCUAUAUUGCCCAGGCUGGUCUUGAAGUCCUAGGCUUAAGUGUUCCUCCUGCCUCCCAAAGUGUUGAGAUUACAGGUGUGAGCCACCUCACCUGGGCAAUUUGCAAGAAUAUAAUACAUUGUUAUUGACUAUGGUCACCAUGUUGUACAGUAGAUCUCUUGAACUUAUUCCUCCUCACUGAAAGUUUGUAUCCUUUGAGCAACUUCUCCCCAACCCGCUUCUUGUUUUUUAUUAACUUAUUAAAGUAUAAUUUACAAUAAGUUUCACUCAUUUUAAGUAUGAAUUCAAUGAGUUUUGAUAAACACGUGUAGUCAUAUAAACACCACCACUAUCAAAAUAUGGAUGAUUUCCAUCACCCAGAAAGUUCCCUCAUGUUCUUUUGUAUUCAGUCCCCUUCCCAACCUCCAGCUUUUGGCAGCCAUUGCUUUUCUUUUCUUUGUCUUUUUUUUUUUUUUUUUUUUUUUUUGAGAGACAGGGUCUUACUGUCACCCAGGCUGGAGUGUAGUGGUGUGAUCACGGCUCACUGCAGCCUUAUCUCCCUGGGUUCAGGUGAUCCUCCCACCUCAGCCUCCUGAGCUGGGACUACAGCUGUGUGCGACCACACCCAGCUGGUUUUUUGUUUUUUUUUGUUUUUGUUUUUGAUUUUUUUUUUUUUUUGUAUUUUUAGUAGAGAUAAGGUUUUGGCAUGUUGCCCAGGCUAGUCUUGAACUUCUGGGCUCAAGAGAUCUGCCUGUUUUGGCCUCCCAACGUGCUGGGAUUGCAGGCGUGAGCCACCACGUCUGGCCUUUGAUCUGCUUUCAACACUAUUUUAGCUCUUCUAGAAUUUCAGAAAAAUGGUAACGGAUGUACAGCAUGGACCCUUCUGUGGUGGGCUUCUUUACUGUAAUGCUUUUGAGAUUCAUCUGUGCUGUUGAGUGUCUCUGCAGUCCAUUCCUUCUGUUGAGUGUAUCAGUAGUCCAUUCCUUUUCAUGGCUGGGUAGUAUUUCAUUGUAUAAUUAUACCACUAUUUGUUCAUUUACUAGAUAAUAAACAGUUGGCUUGUUUAA